AUGAAUCCGAAUACGCCCAUUCAGCCUCACUCUUCCGCUCAGGAUAGUCAGGGAAACCCAUCUGGCUACCCACUUGCACCCACUCGGCUCGAAAAUCCUUCCACUGGCUCGGCCGGGCCUAGCAAUUUACCCCAGGGUCCAUACGUCAACCAGGAGCUGAAUGCGAGCUUUUAUCGCCCUUUGUAUGGCACAGCCGAAACUACAGGCGCACGUACUGUUCCACUGCGACCCGUCGUAGCCUCGGGGUCGUUCGCCCCGGGAGCGGCUCCUGCGAACAACCCAGGCGCAUUCCCUGCCCCACAGGGCAGCACUUCCACCGCCACCGCCACCCAGGCCCCACCCCCGAACGACAACGAAGACAACGACGACGCCGCCGCGUGGAAGUGCCCGCACUGCACCUACGUCCAGCGCAACCACCGCCACCAGGAGCUCCGCCGGCACAUCCGCACGCACGCCGAGCCGACCGCGGCGGGCGAGCCGUUCUGGAUAUGCUGCGGGGUGCCCCUCGCGGAGGCCGCGGCGCGCGGGGUGCCGCUGGAGAUCAUCGCCGAGAUACCGUUCGUGUACAACGGCCGGCAGUUCGUGGGCGGGUGCAGGAGGAUGUUCAGCCGGCGCGACGCGCUGGCGAGGCACCUGCGGAGGUUUGAGACUUUCUGCUAUGGGGACCAGUAUGGGCAGUGGCUGCGGGGUAACCAGGAGGGGACGCGGUGA